ACUAGUGCCUGCAAUUUUCUCAGAAAAUGCCACACCUAUCAUUCUCUUCAAUCAAGGAACCCAACUGUUCAUCUUUCAUGGAGAUCCAACACCAGCAACCUACUCUAUCUUUAUCACUUUCAAACUCAAACUCAAACUCAAACUCAAACCCAUUUUCUUCUCUGACUCUGAAACUAAUGAAAAAGCAAAAUGCUGUCUUUAUCUGAAGUCUAAACCAUUUUGUGAGUUUUUCUCUUUCACUUCUUUCUUUGUUAAAACCUUCUUGUUUUUUUCUUUUUCUUUCUCUUCCAACUUAAUCUUAUCUUUGACAGCUCAACAAAUACAGAUCAGAAGUUCAUAUGGCUAUCCUGUUAUGAAACAAAAUUCUAUAUCGUCUUUUACAAUUUAUCAACAAUAUUGCUGCUGUGAGGCCCCUGUUUCUUUCUAAAGUUUAUGACUUUCUUUCUGAGGAACUUAGUUUUCAAGUUGUAUGGCAUCAAAGUGAGAGCUUUAGCUUGAUUUAUUUGCUGUCUUUGAAGAAUGAUGCUGGUGGCUGUUGUGACACUGUAAUUUGGGGCAGUUUGAGUUGCAGGAAGUCGCUUUGUUGCCAUCAUGCUCAAACAAAUUCUAAGCAAACUUCAACGGAAGUUGCAAAAAUCUGACUCAUUAGAUUCUGCUGGAAUUGAUUCUGGUAACCAUACUUCUAACUCAGGCAACGGAGUUCAAUGUACAAAUAUUGGGAAUAGUAUAUCAAGUCGACUAAGUGUUGUUAAAAAGGUGUCCUCAGCUGUUUUUCCUGCUAGCAUCAUGGCUGGAGUGGAGGCUGUAGAGCCGAAUCUAUCUUUCAAGGAUGUUUCAAAUCCACAGAAGCAGAACCUGUUUAUCACUAAAUUGAACCUGUGCUGUGAGGUUUCUGAUUUCAGUGAUCCAGACAAAACUACUGCUGAGCAAGAUCUCAAACGUCAAACAUUGAUAGAGGUUGUGGAUUUUGUUUCUUCGGGGUCUGCGAAAUUCAACGAACCAGCAAUUGCUGCAAUGAGUAAAAUGUGUGCCAUUAACCUGUUCAGAGUUUUUCCACCUAAAUAUCGCUCUAAUAGCACUAGUGAAGCAGAAGAUGAAGAACCAAUGUUUGAUCCCGGCUGGCCCAAUUUGCAACUUGUAUAUGAUCUACUUCUUCAGUUUAUCAGCUAUAGUUCUCUUGAGUCAAAGGUGGCUAAAAAGUAUGUAGAUCAUUCUUUUAUUUUGAGAUUACUUGACCUCUUUGAGUCUGAGGAUCCCCGGGAAAGAGACUGUUUGAAAACAAUUCUGCAUGGGAUUUAUGGGAAAUUCAUGGUGCACAGGCCCUUUGUGAGAAAAGCUGUUAGCAAUAUCAUCUAUCGUUUCGUUUUUGAAACCGAAAGGCAUAAUGGUAUUGCUGAGCUCUUGGAGAUUUUUGGAAGUAUUAUUAGUGGGUUUGCUAUACCAUUGAAGGAGGAGCACAAAAUGUUUUUGUGGAAAGCCCUUAUUCCUCUACACAAACCAAAAUCAGUGGGUCUCUAUCAUCAGCAAUUAACAUACUGUGUUGUACAGUUUAUAGAAAAGGAUCCAAAGUUAGCUAAUAGCGUGAUUAAGGGGCUGUUAAAGUACUGGCCAGUUACAAAUAGCCAGAAGGAGUUGAUGUAUAUAAGUGAGUUAGAAGAGAUUUUGGAGAUGACUAGCAUGGCUGAGUUCCAAAAGAUAAUGGUUCCAGUGUUUCGGCGUAUUGCAUGCUGCUUAAACAGCUUCCAUUACCAGGUGGCUGAACGAGCCCACUUGCUAUGGAACAAUGAGCAUAUCCUUAAUCUUAUUACGCAUAAUCGCCAGGUGAUAUUUCCUCUUGUCUUUCCUGCCCUUGAGCGGAAUUCCCAGGGUCAUUGGAACCAAGCUGUGCUUCACCUGACACAAAACAUAAGAAAGAUGUUGUGUCAGAUGGAUGAAGAGCUUGUGCUUGCCUGCCAGCGUAAGUUGGAGGAGGAAAACUCCCAAUUGAGUGAGGCAGCUGAGAAGAGGAAACUAACAUGGGAACACCUGGAAACUGCUGCCCGUUUCCAACCUGCAGCUGAUAACAUCAUACCUCCUUUAAAACCAGCCACAUGCGCUGUUGCCUGUUAAUUACUCGAGUAACCCUGUUGGGAAAAAGAAAAAAAAAAUGCAUAUAUGUAAAUCAGCUGCUCUGAUUGCAGUGUUGGACCUUCCGGAAUUAGGCCUAGUUUGUGAUGCUAAAAUUGCUGUACUGAAAUGAUUAGUGAUGCUACUGCCUCAAAAAAUUUAUAGGCACUGAGUUGUUGUGUUGCAAGUAUAUUUAUCUAUCAUGGGCUUCUUUUAUCUGUCCGUAUUA